AUGUUAAUCAGUCAUGAAAAAAUACCCACUUUGAACCCGCAAACAUCCCUCAUUUUUUACCAGAACAUUCACACUGGAGGAAAGCCACAUGGAUAUAAUAAGUGUAGAAAUGACUUCUGGCAGGAGGAAUUCCUUAUUAAUCAUCCAGGAAUUCAUUCUAACGAGAAACCCUAUAAAUGUAAGGAAUGUGGGAAGGCCUUUAAAUAUGGCUCACGACUCAUUCAGCAUGAGAAUAUUCAUUCUGGCAAGAAACCCUAUGAAUGUAAGCAAUGUGGAAAAGCCUUCAAUUCUGGUUCCAAUUUCAUACAGCACCAGAGAGUUCAUACUGGCGAGAAGCCCUAUGAAUGUAGGGACUGUGCGAAGGCCUUCAGUCGGAGUUCGCAGUUGAUUGAACACCAACGGAUUCACACUGGUGAGAAACCCUACCAGUGUAAGGAGUGUGGCAAGGCCUUCAAUCGGAUCUCACAUCUCAAAGUGCAUUACAGGACUCAUACUGGGGAAAAACCCUAUGCAUGUAAGGAGUGUGGGAAGACUUUCAGCCAUCGGUCUCAGUUGAUUCAGCAUCAGACUGUUCAUACUGGCAAGAAACUCUACGAAUGUAAGGAAUGUGGGAAAGCCUUUAAUCAGGGAUCAACUCUCAUUCGCCAUCAGAGAAUUCAUACGGGGGAGAAGCCCUAUGAAUGUAAGGUGUGUGGGAAGGCCUUUAGAGUGAGCUCCCAGCUUAGGCAACAUCAGAGAAUCCACACAGGAGAGAAGCCCUACCAGUGCAAGGUGUGUGGUAGGGCCUUCAAACGGGUGUCACACCUCACCGUCCAUCACAGGACUCACACGGGCGAGAAGCCGUAUGACUGUACGCAGUGUGGGAAGGCCUUCAGUCACUGCUCCCAGCUGGUUCAGCACCAGAAUGCUCAUGCAGGAAAGAAAAUUUUUAAAUGUAAUGAAUGUGAGAAAACUUUCACCCAUAGUUCAUCUGUGACUGUUUGUCAGAGAAUUCACACUGGUGAAAAACCCUGUGAAUGUGCAGAAUGUGGAAAGGCCUUCAAGCAGCCGUCACACCUGGCUCAGCACCAGAGGAUCCAUACUGGAGAGAAACUCUACACAUGUAAGGAAUGUGGAAAAGCCUUCAGAGAUAGCUCAUAUUUUGCUCAACAUCAGAGAUGUCACACUGGCAAACGACCCUACAACUGUAUGGAGUGUGGGAAAACCUUCAGGUAUAGCAUGUCCCUUACUCGGCACUUUAGGCGUUACCAUACUGGAGAGAAGACUUUUGAUUGCAUUGACUGUGGGAAAGUCUUCAGUGUUCACGUAGGACUUACUCUGCAUAGGAGAAUCCAUACUGGAAAGAAACCUUACAAAUGUAAUGUGUGUGGGAAAGCCUUUCGCAGUGGUUCAUCACUGACUGCAUAUCAGAGAAUUCACACAGGAGAGAAGUCUUAUGCAUGUAAUGUUUGUGGGAAAGCCUUCAGCCAUCGCAUGUCACUCACUGGACAUUACAGAGUUCAUUGUGGAGAGAAACCUUAUGAAUGUAAGAAAUGUGGGAAAGCCUUUAGGCAGAGCAUUCAUCUCUCUGUUCAUUUGAGAAUUCAUGCUGGAGAAAAGCCCUAUGAAUAUCAGGAAUGUGGCAAAGCCUCAGCUGCACUGCCCACCUGA